UUGAUAUUGAUAAAAAUGUGUGUUUUGCAGGUUAGCAUAUAAUGGGUUUGCAUUUCCAUGGAUUGAAUGUCUGUAUUUUGAAGUCCUGGGCUUUACCGUGUAAUCCAGUGAAUCUCAAGGAGUGUAACUCGCGUAACGAAAGCUUUCUGGGGCCCUCAGAAAUGACUGGGUGUGAAGGGUUCCUGGAGAUGCAAAGUCAUUUUCAACGUUACGCUCUCGAUCCCUUAGAUCGCACACGUUUGUGAACUAGUGGAACCAGCUUGCCAGUAACGGGGUCCUUCUCUGUGUAGAGUAAACCCAACUCCUGUGGCAACGCGAGUUUCCUUUGGAGAUAGUCAAUGACCCUGUUCCAGCGGGAGUUGUCAGCAGUAGGUCCCGCGUCUGCUUUAGAAAGUGCAGAGCUCGCAGGGCCACAGGAGAAAGCUGUUUGUGACGCAUAAAUACGGGGCCCAGGCUCACGGGGAAUCCGGACGUGAGUGUGCGGCUCGCACGCUGUCCCUGACCUUGUGAUGUGCGCAACUCCGUCCUCCUGUUGAGUUUCGGAAUCCUGUGUUUACCCCGAAGGUUAAACAGGAAGCAAUGAUUUGUGCUUCUGUCUUCAUCCUCAACUCACAGGCACUUGAGCUUCUCAGUAUUUAAGGGGAAAAAAAUACGAUCUGUUGCAAAGAGAAACGUUUGUCCCGUUGUAGCGGGUCCCUGGGGGAAGGGCCAUGCCCUCAGUACCCGCAGUUCCUGUGCGCUGCUCCUGCUACAGGGGCCCGGCGCGUGACCACCUGCCCGCUGCCCGGCCGUGCGCAGAUCCCUGAGUGCCGGUGGCUGGGCCUCACGCUGCCUCUACUCUCCGCAGGAACCUGACCGGCACGUUUCCCGACUACCCCACCGAAGAAGAGGGAGGCUCUGCCGUCAUCUUCUCCAACAAGACCCCACAGCAGGUUAUUGAUGAUAUCAUUGCAAGCCAAGAAGAAGAAGAAAAAAACAAAAAGAAGAAAAAAGAAAAGGAAAAAGAAAAGGAAAAGAAACCCAAGAAACCAAAAAAGGAGAUGGAAAAGAAGGCAGCAAAGGACAAAAUAAAGGAGGAAGAGGAGGGGUGGAAAAUGUCCCCCAGCGUUUUCCUUCAUACCUUGGAGGAAGAAAAUAACUCAUACAGAGACAUGUGGAUGAACAGAGACGAGUCUUGCAACUUCCCUCAGGACUACGACCCAGAACUGCUCAAAGAGGAGAAACGGAAGGAGCUGGAGUCGGAGAUCCGAGUGCAGGUGGAUGAGUUGAUGAGACAGGAACUAAAGAACCUGCAGCUCGCUGUGAACAGAGAGAAGGAACUGCCAGUCACGGCGGGGAAGAAGAAAGCGGAAAAGAAAAAGAAAGAGAAGAGAGGCAGGCGGGGGAAGCGGGAGAAGAAGGAGAAAGACCUGACGGCCGACAGGACCAUCGAGUCCCUGUACAAGGAGCUGGUGGAAGAAGGGCUGCUGAUCCCAGCUCGGAAAGUCAACCUCUCUGAUUACAUUGGCGAGUACAGCUACCUGGGGACCACCCUCCGCCACGUGUCCAUAGAACCCAUGCCGUCCCCCAUGGACGUGAGACAGCUCAUCACGCUGUACGGGAUCCUGCCCUUAGGCUCCGCCUCCGUGCAUGAGAAAGCUCCCCUGGUCAAGUCGCUGCUGCUGGCCGGGCCGUCCGGGGUAGGCAAGAAAAUGCUGGUGCACGCCAUCUGCACGGAAACGGGAGCCAACCUCUUCAACCUGUCACCGUCCAACAUCGCCGGGAAGUACCCCGGCAAGAACGGCCUGCACAUGAUGCUGCACGUCGUCAUCAAGGUACAGCGCCCCGCCCUCCGUGACCCGGCCACGGCCACGGCCACACAAGACGGCCCUAGGCCGCGAGCACGAGUCCCUCAAACUUCCCAUCACAUCCCGCGUGAAUUGCUUCAUGAUUGCACCCGGCCCCGCCUGUAGCUGUAAGAGACGGCUCUGUCCCUGGCCUGAGCAGCCCUCGUGCCACCCAGAGCCGCCUCUGUGGCCGGAGCCCACGCGUGCAUCGCUGCAAAGGGUAACCCACUGCUCACUCUAAGAGCUGGCGUCCUCCGGCGUUUGCGUUUGGGGCAUUGCUCUCUCACGUGGCCCCCUGUGCGUCAGCUCCUUACGUGGGCUCCAUGGGCCACGCAGGAGGCCACGCUGACCACAGUAAAGUGUGAAUAGACAAGGGGAUCACAGGGCCAGAGACGGGGAGUUCCAGACAAUCAAACCCGCCUCCCGGCACGUGCUCCGACCUAGCCACGGAACUGCCCCACGUGCCCCUUUUGUCGU